UGGGGCUUAAUGCAAAUAAACUGAUUGCAAACGGAGCUUUCCCUUUGCACUUUGCAGCUGCCUGGGUUUUUUUUUGAGUGGCCAAGCCUCAGAUUUCUGUCUUUUUUUGCAGAUCUGCAGAAUAUGGCGUCCCUGUCCUGUUUUAAAAAUAAGCCAGGCUGCCAUUUUUGUUUUUCUUUUGUCUGAAAAUUUUAAUAAAACUGUCUGAGAAUGUGGGAGAGGCAGCUGAAAGGCAAAAGGGGCACCUAAAGGGGUGGUUUUUUCUUUGCUUUGCGUUUUUGUGUUGUUGCAAAGAUCUUGCUUGCACGGGGGGGAUACAAUGUAAUUGGACUUUUAAAAAAGGAAACAGUCAAACAUUUCUGUGGGAGGGGGUUUAAGAUUUAAAGUUAACUUAUGCAAAAGUUUUUUUAAACAGCCUUUUUAAAACAAAAACGCAAUGAAAAACCCUGCUCUGUAUUUUCUCUUUUUCCCUUUGGAUUAUUUAAUGGAAAAGUUAAUUGAAUCUGAAUGUAGCUAUUUUUUAAAAAACAGAUGGUUGUGAAUGUUGCAUGUUAGUUAAAAGGGAUUCCGGUUUUUGGGGUGGUGGUGGUGAAAAAGUGUUUUUUUUAUAUUUUGAUAGAAAGCAAUUUAUAAACGGAAUGUUUAACCAGGAAUAUUUUGCAAUUGCACUUUAGCAGGAAUGUAGUGUUUUCAGAGUGUGGAAUCUGCAGUUUUAGAAACUGACACAAUUUUUCGUGCCGUUGUACAGAGAGGUCUGUGCAUAUGUGAACAUGUAUUUAGUGUGUGCUAUCUAUGUGCAUCGUGUGCACAUGCAUUUACUAUUUAUACAGGCAUAAUUUUAAGUACAUGUUGGAUUGUACAUACAGUCCGUUCUAGAAUAUUUAAAAGAGAGUCCGACUAAGAGAAGUAUUCUAGGAUGUAAAUGCUUUAUUUUUAGAAAAGCUGCUCAUUCAGAAGUAUUGUACAGAGUGUAGUCAAGAGCACACAUCCUUCUCAGAUGCUACUGUAUGGUUAGUGUUGCACUUUUAUUUGCUGCCUGUCUUGGAAAAGUGAAGGACAAUUUCUCAAAUGCCUGUUUGAGCUGCUCUGUUACUGUUGCUCUGUGACUGAUAGCAGAUGGGUCAACGAGAGGCCUCUUAAAAGUCACAUUUUGGGGAAGAGGCAAAAGUUUUUUAAAUCCUGAUUUAGAAGAUUGGAGGGGGGUGGAUGGAAUCUGGCCCAGCCCUACGGCUGGUUCUGCUUUUGUCCAAAUAUUCCUAAAUAGUUUAGUCCAUCCCUGUUCCUGGGAUAACUCCUCCGACUUCCAUGGAGCUACUACAGGGAGAAAUUUGGCCCUUUGUUUAUUUUCUCUAAAGAGAAUGCGGCAUUCCCACGGAUGUGUUAGUUUGGAGGCAGUAUCUGUUGCCCCAGAACAACACCUUGCGCGCAACAUCUGUGCUCUGCUAGCUCUGGAGAUGGACAGAUGUCAGGGGAAGCACCGACAGUACAUACAGAGGAUGGCGGAGCCUCGCUUUAACAACCCCUACUUCUGGCCGCCCCCUCCCACCAUGCCCAGCCAGCUGGACAACUUGGUUCUGAUCAAUAAAAUCAAGGAGCAGCUGAUGGCAGAGAAGAUCCGGCCCCCUCACCUGCCCCCAACCUCGGUGUCCUCCCAGCAGCCCCUGCUGGUGCCCCCCUCGCCUGCAGAGAGCAGCCAGUCCAUCAUGUCCCUCCCCAAACUGCAGCAGGUCCCAGGGCUGCACCCACAGGCCGUCCCCCAGCCUGACGUGGCCCUGCAUGCCCGGCCGGCCACCAGCACGGUCACAGGUCUGGGGCUGGCCUCCCGUGCCCCCGCAGUCAGCACCUCGGAAUCCAGCACUGGCACCAGCACCCCCUCAACCCCCACCUCCACCAGUCAGAGCAGACUCAUCGCCUCCUCGCCCACCCUCAUCUCAGGGAUCACCAGCCCCCCGCUCCUGGACUCCAUCAAGACAAUCCAGGGCCACAGCCUGCUGGGGGCGCCCAAGUCAGAGCGAGGGAGGAAGAAGAUCAAGGCGGAGAACCCGUCGGGGCCGCCCGUCCUCGUGGUGCCCUACCCUAUCCUGGCCUCGGGCGAGACGGCUAAAGAGGGCAAAACCUACAGGUGUAAAGUCUGCCCCCUGACCUUCUUCACCAAGUCGGAGAUGCAGAUCCACUCCAAGUCGCACACAGAGGCCAAACCCCACAAGUGCCCGCACUGCUCCAAAUCCUUCGCCAACGCCUCCUACUUGGCCCAGCACCUGCGCAUCCACCUGGGCGUGAAGCCGUAUCACUGCUCCUACUGUGAGAAAUCCUUCCGCCAGCUCUCCCAUCUCCAGCAGCACACCAGAAUUCACACUGGCGACAGACCCUACAAGUGCCCACACCCUGGCUGUGAAAAGGCUUUCACGCAGCUCUCCAACCUCCAGUCACACCAGCGACAGCACAACAAGGAUAAGCCCUACAAGUGUCCGAACUGCUACCGGGCGUACUCGGACUCGGCAUCGCUGCAGAUCCACCUCUCUGCACACGCCAUCAAACACGCCAAGGCCUACUGCUGCAGCAUGUGUGGGCGGGCCUACACCUCGGAGACGUAUUUGAUGAAGCACAUGUCCAAACACACCGUGGUGGAACACCUAGUGAGCCAGCACUCGCCACAAAGGACGGAGUCCCCCGGCAUCCCAGUGCGGAUCUCACUCAUCUAAUCUGGGGCUCCCUCGCCCACCCCUACCCUGCGCAGCUCUCCUCCCCCCAAUUCCGGAUCGCCAGGGGCCAGGGGGCGGCUUGGAGGCGAUCACACAGACCACCCCCCCAGCACCGCCACCGAGUGCCCGCGCCUGCCGAGCCACGGGGAGCGACUGCGAAGACACUCAUCUUUUGGGAGAAAUUAAUGAAUGAAUUAAUGUUUGGAAAACACCCCUCGGCCCUGGUCCCGUCCCCAGCACCCUGCCGGGAGAGCCAGGGACUCGUCCACAGUUUUGGUGAAAUCCAAAGACUAUUUCAGAGCACUUUGAAUCUCUGUGUUUGGUUUCUUCAUUUUCUUUCUUUUUUUCCCCUUCUUUCUGCCCCCGCCCCCAUCCUCCGUGCUCCUUUCUGCUCUCUUUUGGAUACAAGUAGAGAUAUAUAUAUAUAUAUAUAUAUUGGCCAAGAAGUUGGUGCUGCUAAAACCGAAAACCCGAACUGGACAGAGACGCGCUGGAUGGCAUGGCGGGCAGGAUCCAGGGCCUGGCACUCGGGCUCCUUCAGCCUCAGGAUGAGACUCUGGGAUGUGCCCAGCCUGGCGCUUGGUAUCUGCUGCCCCUCCUGGACUCUCUGUUGGGAGCCAGCGUGAGGCCAGUUGAGAGGGGAAUGGGUUAACCUGUUGGCUGGAGAGGUGAGAUCUGCGGCUCUGCUGGCGUGGGGACAGGCGCUCGAGCAGCAGCCGCAGGAGGGAGACCUUUGUUCUGCAGACGUCGCUGUUCCCCGCUGGGGCUUGUCCCUCUGCCGCUUUGUCUAACCUCGUUGGGACGUUUUGGUUGUUUCCUUUGGUUUGUUUCAUUUGUCCUGGUUCGAGCUGCACAGGACUGGCUGGCCCCGCGGCCGCGUCGUGGUCCGUGCACAUUUCACCCGCGCCCUCUGCCCGGCUGGGGUAAGUGUGGUGGCUGCCGGAGGAGGCGCUCCGCCUACGACAGGCACACAGCCGGGGCUGGCCACGUUCAUCGAGGGCAGGGCUGGCCAUGCCUGUGCAGAAUCCAGAGAUGCAGCCCAUGGAGACCACAGGUCCCAGCAUGCCGUGCUCUAGUUUGAGCUAAGCAGUAUCCCACCAGAUCGGGAAAGUGCAUUGCCUGCUGGGAGCUGUAGUCUAUAGGAGUGGGGCAGCGAGUCAGGCAGACUGUGGCCAGCUCUGGUAUAGUCCCAGCUGUGGGGCUCCCCUUUCCAGACCCCAGCUCUGCUAGACCAGCCAUGGCAUGUGGGAGUGGAGGGGCACUGAGGAUUGGGGGGGGUGGGGCAUGGGGUUUCACAGCAGGAGUUUGGGAGCCUCAGCUGUCCACGGUCCGCUGCCCUUUCUCGCCCCCCCGAGUCCACCUGGUGCUAACUAGGGAUUGUCCUGAGCUAUGAAGGGGCGUUUGCUAAGGAAGAGUGAGUGUGAGAGAUGGGGGCGGGGGGGGAUACUUGCCGCAGGUUAUGCUCUUUGACGUGGAUUAUUUUUCAAUCUCUCUUCCCCACUAUGGGCAUCUAGUGCUGCUGCUCUGGAAGCCCGGGCACCACAGCAGCCCGGGGCAAGGGGGCAGCCUGGGGUCUCCUCUGUCUCCAUUACCUCCUGGAGCCUGUGUUUGCUUAUCGAGGGGCUGGGCCCCAGGCAGAGUGUUGCAUGUGGGAGAGGUGGGUCUGCCCCAUGGGAAAGCUCCCUCCAGACCACCCCAACCAGGAAUGUCUCUACCCCCUGUGCCCCGGCUCUGCCCCUCCCUCUGGGUUCCCAGCAGGGCACUGGCAAACACUUUCUGCACCUUCACAGGAUUCACAUAGAAACCCCAUCCAGUCCCUGAACCCUGCCGCAGGGCUAGCACUGGCUCAGUCCCUGGGGCUUGGGCACCAGCCAGCUGCCGUGAGAAUUUCCCUUUCUCCUGCUGUGACUGUGCAGGAUGGUAAUGAAGCCACCUGCAGAGCACCUGUUGGCUGGCACAGUAACACCUGGAACAUCUGCUGGCUGGGCACAGCUCCCGUUAGCCCUAUCCACACUAGGGCCUGUGAUGGGCUCCAUUUCUGACCCAGCUGUAACCCUGCCCAUGCUCAGAGCACCUGUCAGUUGUUCUGAACUUGGCUGACCCUACCUUGGCUCAGCCGGGACCAUGGUUUGGGCUGUAGCUUGUGCUCUGUGAAACAGGGCCGAUUAGAAUCAGGUUUGAGGGUCACUUGCAAACAGGGCUGUACUGAGCACAGGAGGGCUCUGCAGGACUUGGGGAGAUCAGCAGGGGAUAGCCUGCAUUGCCCCCACUCCCUGCUGCUGGCAUCGGAGGUGAGCUGUGACAUUAGCACCCCUUGGAUCUGAAAUUCUGAUCCAUUGGGGUCUGAUUCUGCUGCCAUGACAAAGCUCUCCCAGAGGUUAGUGGGGCAGGAUUAGGCUGUGAGCCCCCCUGGUUCCUGGGAUGCAGGGAACAAACCAGCUCCCUCCUGAGCAAACUAAAACACUAAAGGGGAAGAGGAAAGCCAGCGUGUCCUGGGGGCUGUGCCUAGUAGCAGGGACUGGCAGUGCCUGAGGGGGCUGACUUAGUCUGUCCUGGGACCAUGUGGCUGGUCAGACGGGCGAUGGGAGAAACGCAGAGCGGUCUGUAUUCCCGGAGCGGCGUUCCUUCCCCACCUCCCCAGGCACCUCCUGGAAAUCAGCCCCCCAGCAGUGCAGUCCCCUGGCAGGGAACCUUGGAGCAGGCUUAGGAGGGAGAAAUCCAGCAACAAGAAACACGAGGCCCUUCCCUUCCCUGGGGUCACCUCAUUGGGUACAGUAGUGGUACCACAGGCAUGGAUCCCACUGCCCUCCACGUGAUUCCCUCGGGGCACCUGGGCACCAGCUUGAUCUCUGGCCUUUGGGGGACUGAGCUAUUUUGGGAGCUGCAGAGCCUGCUCUCAGGCCAGAUGGACUGGACGGGGAUUCCCCCAGCCAAGGGUGCUGUGAUCCGCCUCUCUGCCCUGCAGAAUCCCACAUACCAGACACCGAGAAGCAAAUGCAGCAGGAAGAAUGAUUUGCAAUGUGUAAAUACCUCCAAUGGAGCAGCUUUGGAGGGGCCUGGCCCAGCCAGAGUCAACGGCAACAGCAGCAGCAGGCCCUGCAGGGAACAAAUACACUAGGGCAGCGUUUCUUGGGCGGGAGCUCAGAGCUAACUCAGCUCAGCAGGGCCAUGGUCGGAGCUCGCACUGAUGGAGAGCUCACCACUGCUCCAGCUGGAAGCACUGGCUGGCUGCUCAUGCACUAACCCAGCUUCUCCCAGCAGGAGGCGCUGUGCAUUGCUGGAGAGAACAUCCUCCCACGCAGGAGGUGAUACAGCCACCUGUGGCCACUUAAGCCUUUCACUGCCAGAACAGAAACCUCCCAACCAUGAGAGAUUUAUAAAAGCAGAGCAGAUCCAUCCCCUCCCUCUCCCCCUCCAGCAGCAAAUCAUAGAUCCCUUCCUGUUGGGUGAAACCAAUUCAAUAUAGUAUUAAAGAAGAAGCAAGCAGAGGGGCUUGCCCUCCUCCCUGUUUGGAAAGCCGUGCCCAUGCCUGUGUGUGGCUGGAUGGAUACAUGGAGUUAUAUAAAUAUACGUGUGUGUGUGUAUAUAUAACACCUAUGUAUAGAGACGGAAGAAUGCCCCACGUCCCCCAGCCCUCCAAGAAAGACUAGACAAAAACUCAUAUAUAUUAUGUACUCUUUGGUUCCGUUUUGGAUAUUAACUGUUAUUUUUAUACACUUUUUAAGCCUUAACUAUAUCAUUGUUUUACCAGGUUGUUUGUUUAUUGCCUACUCUGUUUAUUCAUUUGAUUCUCUUUUUACCCUGCCCUCUGCCCUUUGUUUCUGAAUCGAUGUUGUACGAUAUUCAAUAUUGUAACCUUUUCGUCAGCAUGUUAAUACUGUGUAAAUAUGCCUCUUAUACAUACUGUUAACACAUCUUUUUGUUUUAUUUUUUUUUCUAUAUGAAAAUCCAGGCCACGUGUCUCUAGCUCUAGUUAUUACCUUAUUAAAAAAGAAAAAAGGAAAAAAAAAAAAAAAAGGAUUCUCCCUCCCCCUUCUCUCUGUCUCGCAUUGUGGUUAACGGAAAGACAUGAGGAGGCUGCGGCUUCCGUCUCGAAAGUUUGCAUUAUGUUUAAAAGAAAAAGAAUUUUAAAAAAAAAUUCCAAACAAUUUUGCUCUUUGUAUUUCUGUUGUGAAACAAAAUAAACUGUACAUGCAAACUUCUGAAGGCCUGG